AUGGCUGGCAGAAAUAAAUGCUUGGCCCUAGGAUUUCUUGCAUUUUUAUGGGCUGAUUUGGGUACUGAAGGCAAAGAAGAGGAAGAACAGACUUGCCGGUUGCUGGGCAAGUUUGAUUUGAAUGGAUAUGUAGAUGCCAAAAACCAUUCACUUGUUAUUGGAGGGCUGUUUCCUAUUCACUCCAGGACUAUCCCAGCAAAUGAAUCUAUUUUGGAGCCAGUAUCAGCAAAAUGUGAAGGGUUUAACUUUCGGGGAUUUCGUUGGAUGAAAACAAUGAUCCACACAAUCAAGGAGAUUAAUGAGAGGAAGGAUAUUUUGCCCAACAUCACUUUGGGCUAUCAGAUCUUUGACACCUGUUUCACCAUCUCCAAAUCAGUGGAAGCGGCUUUGGUCUUCCUUACAGGGCAGGAAGAAAAUAAGCCCAAUUUUAGAAACAGCACUGGAGCAUUUCUGGCAGGAAUUGUUGGAGCAGGUGGAUCAUCCUUAUCAGUUGCUGCUUCAAGGAUUCUAGGAUUGUAUUAUUUGCCUCAGGUGGGCUAUGCCUCUACCUGCUCAAUUCUUAGUGACAAAUAUCAGUUUCCUUCUUAUCUUCGCACAAUAGCCAGUGAUAAGAUCCAGUCGGAGGCCAUGGUAAGACUUAUCCAACACUUUGGUUGGGUCUGGAUAGGCACUAUAGCAGCUGAUGAUGAUUAUGGAAAAUAUGGAGUAAAAAUGUUUAAGGAAAAUAUGGAGAAUGCCAACCUCUGCAUCGCAUUCUCCGAAAUCAUUCCCAAAGUCUAUUCCUAUGAGAAAAUGCAAAAAGCUGUUGAUGCUAUAAAGACCUCCGCUGCCAGAGUCAUUGUGCUUUACGCAUCUGAUAUUGACCUCAGUCCUUUUGUGCUGGAAAUGGUUUACCACAACAUAACUGACAGAACGUGGAUAGCGAGCGAAGCGUGGAUUACCUCAGCCCUCAUUGCAAAGCCUGAAUAUUUUCCAUAUUUUGGUGGAAGUAUUGGAUUUGCAAUACCAAGAACUGAUAUACCAGGAUUAAAAGAAUUUCUUUAUGAUGUACAUCCCAGCAAAGAUCCAAAUGACGUCCUGACCAUCGAAUUCUGGCAAACUGCUUUUAACUGUACUUGGCCCAACAGCAGUGUUCCAUACAAUAGUGACCAUAGAGUGAAUAUGACUGGUAAAGAAGACAGACUACAUGCCAUGUCUGAUACAUUCUGUACUGGAGAAGAGCAGUUGGAAGAUCUUAAAAACACCUAUCUGGAUGUGUCUCAGCUAAGAAUUACAAACAAUGUCAAACAAGCUGUGUAUUCUAUGGCUUAUGCUCUGGAUGGUCUCAGUGCAUGUGAAGAAGGUCGUGGGCCGUAUGUUCCAGGAAACACCUGUGCAUACAUACCUGACUUUGAGCCUUGGCAGUUAAUGUACUAUUUGAAGACACUUAAGUUUACAACCCAUGAUGGAAGAAGAAUAGAGAUGGAUGAAAAUGGAGAUGUGACUGGUUACUAUGAUAUUCUAAAUUGGCAAUUAGAUGAUAAUGGAAAUAUUGCCUUUGUGAAGGUUGGAGAGUAUGUAUUCACAAAUUCUAUGUUUGAACUUGUGAUCACAAAGAAUACAGGAAUAUAUUGGAACACUGAAUCAUCAGAGUGUCCCCAUUCAGUGUGUACUGAUGUGUGUCCUCCCGGGACACGGAAGGGGAUUCGUCACGGGGAACCAAUAUGUUGCUUUGACUGCAUUCCAUGUGCUGAUGGAUAUGUGUCACAGGAACCAGGUCAAAGGGAGUGUGAACAAUGUGGUGAAGACUACUGGUCAAAUGCACAAAAGAGUGAGUGUGUGCUGAAAGAGGUGGAAUUCCUUGCUUAUGAUGAGCCCUUGGGAUUCACACUUGUCAUUCUCUCCAUCUUUGGGGCACUUGCAGUUGUAGCAGUCAUGGUUGUGUAUAUGAUGUACAGGCACACUCCCCUGGUGAACGCCAAUGACCGGGAACUGAGUUUUCUUAUUCAGCUUUCUCUUACCAUCACGCUGCUAUCAUCUAUGCUUUUCAUUGGCAGGCCAUACGACUGGUCCUGCAUGGCCCGCCAUGUCACUCUGGCACUGGGCUUUUCUCUUUGCCUAUCGUGCAUUCUUGGAAAGACCAUUUCACUGUUUUUAGCCUACAGAAUUUCCCAGUCCAAAACCCGACUUACAUCCAUGCGCCCCCUUUAUCGGAAAAUCAUUGUGCUAACCUCUGUUUUAGUCGAGAUUGGCAUAUGUGCAGCCUACUUGGUAUUGGAACCCCCGAGAGUAUACAAGAACAUGGAAUAUCAAAAUACAAAGAUCAUUCUGGAAUGUAAUGAAGGUUCCAUAGAGUUUUUGUGCUCAGUCUUUGGGAUUGAUAUCUUCCUAGCCUUGCUAUGCUUUCUUACAACCUUUGUGGCUCGCCAGUUGCCGGAUAAUUACUAUGAAGGAAAAUGUAUCACCUUUGGGUUGCUGGUCUUUUUCAUCGUCUGGAUCUCUUUUGUCCCUGCUUACUUGAGCACCAAGGGCAAGUUCAAAGUGGCUGUGGAAAUAUUUGCAAUCUUGGCAUCCAGCUAUGGUUUGUUGGGUUGUAUAUUUGCUCCCAAGUGCUUCAUUAUCUUGCUGAGGCCAAAGAGGAACACCGAUGAAAUUGUUGGUGGAAGAAUCUCCAGUAUAGAUAAGAGUAUCCAACUGACUUCAUCAUCUAUGAGCAGUGAGAUUAACAAUACUGUGGUGUCAACUGUUCUGGAUGAUUAG